AUGCAACUUCUUUUUGUGAUCUCGAUUCUCGCUCUGUGGAUUUCAGCCACUGAAUCCACGACCUGCUUCGUGCAGAACAGCAUUCCAAGUGUCUUCACACAGGUCUGCCCGGGAAACAUCUACACUUGCAUGAAGUUCGACUGUAAAGUCAACAAUCCAAAGAAGUUCAAGCAAACCACGAAAGGUUGCAAUGACCCUGGAAACGCACUCGUCGCCUGCACCCAACUCAUGACUCAAUGCCAAGCUCAAGGUGGCACCGGACAAUGCUACACUUGCAAUGGGGACUACUGUAAUUCCAGUCCGACCACUUUCGCCGCAAUGCUCUCCGUUCUCAUCCCAGCGAUCUCAUACUUCUUGCUCCAUUGA